UCUAUUUAUCAUUUAAGCAUAUUCCUCUUGUUUUCCUUUGCGACACGGCUUGUGGGUUUGUCAGGCACUUAGAGUGCCGGGUCAGUAAAGAAAUGACCGAACAGCUAUGGAAAGAUAACAGAGGGUGUUUUGAGGUACCAUCGUUGGAUAAACCACCAUCAAAGGAAAUGAGUGUCCCUAUGCUGACAACAGCAGAAUACAGAAAAAGCGACAGUGAUAUGAUACAGGUGGAGGAUGGUAGCAUGAUUCAUCCAUUGACAGGCACAUCCAGGAGAUAUGUUUUAGGUGACAGAUUUCACACAGCAAGCAAUCCUCACAAGUCACCCCUUUGUGAAUAUCACAACAUAAAUCUUUUGUCUCAGUCGAACACGAUAAAAACAAGCUAUCAAGAGUCCGAAAACAACCGAAAGAAUGUGCGACGGUUACGAAGCUCGACGAUGCAAAAUUUCUCCACGCACUAUUUUUAUAACUUUUUGAUGGAUUUCUAUCAAAAUGAGGAAAUAGUAAAAAAGCAACACGACGUAGCUUCGAGACAGCUAAAACCUGGGCAGAUGUUAUGCAGGAAUUCAUAUAUGCAAUUUGUGAUAAAAGAUGGUGAAAAAUAAGCAUUACGGUUAUUACUCAUCGCGCGCUUGUUGUUUACGUUGGGUAGGUGGAGCUCAUCAGUCUUGGAAGACAGUCCACCUAGGAGAAGGAAAACUCUGAUUUAAAACCCCCGGACUCGUGCAAUGAAUGGGUCAGGCUGUCCAUGUCGGAUUCAUUGAUGCUGCUAAUAAUUAUUGCAAUACUUAAUGUUUCCUAGGCAUGCUGACGAGCCCUGAGAUAGAGCGAAACAGCCAUUAUACACGUAUUGUUAUACGUAGUAUUAUUUAUUGGAUCUAGUUUUCAUAACUUUUCAUAUCUUUAGCAAGCAACUGGACGGUUUAUUCGUUCUUUAAUGUUUUCAAUUAAAUUAUUUUCUAGAUUUCUGUUUGCAGAAGUCGCACAGCCUAUAAUGAAAAAAACAACUUGUUUGAACGUCAAUCAUAUUUAUAGGACGUUGAAGUAUUAACAUUACUGUAAAUGUAUUGACUUACCACUUUCCUUUAGGUACUCUUUCAAUUCCUAGGCACUCCUGAUGGUAGUAGCCUUUACCUGGACACUAUAGCUAUGGUUGAAAAAUAAACAGUUUUUGACCGACAUUCAGUUUUAAGGAAACUAUUAGUGGGAUACGAGUUGUAAUAUCGUUUAUUUUACAGAUAGUGGAAUGAACAUAGAAACCUCAACCAGACAACAUAAGAUUGCUUUUAUAAAUUUCUCGUACAUAAGGUUCUCGGACAAGAAACUCUCGGUACUGAGAAAAUAUAUGCGCGCUUAACUGUUUUACUGCAUUUGAGCACGAUGCAAAAUCGAAUCUAGUCUUUAUGUACUAUUUUAUACAUACGUUCUUUUUGUUUGUGGUUUCACAU